AUGUCAGAUGGCAGUGCAGCCGAAAGUAUCGAGGCGUGUCGACGCCGUCGACGCGCGGCUGGUCAGAGCGGAGGUCAAUUCGAGAUGGUUCGAUAUAGCGGCGCAAUCAGUUAUCGCUAUGUCUGGUCAGACAAAGAGAAACACUUCGUUGAUCAACUCGGGGCCUGGACGUGCGCCGAAUCCACCGAAGAUUUGGUUGUGACCGAGUCGGAGAAGACACCCAUACAAGAUUCCCAGGCCGAGAUAAUGAGAGAUAAGCUGGACGAGGAAGGUGUCGUAGCCAAUGUGUCGAACACUGGAACAAAGACGGCACAUGAAGAUGUUGGUUGCAUGGAGAUCAUGGCUUCUGGAAAAGCGAACGGAAACGAGCGAAGAGCUUUCGGAAGGCUGAAUAUACGCAUUUCUGGCUGGCUGCAGAGCGAAAAGGACGAUUGCAAAGAAGAUGCAGAUCAAAGACCCGCCCUAGAAUUUCCAAGCACCAGGUGUUGUUUUUGGAUUCGCAGAGUCCUGCCAAAGAGCAAUUAG